CCGAAUCUCAGUUGUGUUGUAGAACUGUAGAAAUGAAGGUGUUGGUUAUAAUUUCUAUACUCUUUGGAGUAGCUUAUACCCUUACGUGGAGGGACUGCUCCAAGACGCCCGACACAGAUGCCGUCACAUUUCACGACUUCCAAAUAUCCCCGGACGCGAUAACCUUCCCUGGACAAGUACACCUUCACCUGAACAUGACCUUUCACAGGGUCGUGGAACACGCCUUCAUCGAUAUAGAAAUUAACAGAAUGCUGUUCGGCAUUCCCAUCAAACUGCCAUGUCUUGAUGAGUCCAUGGUAAUCGGGUCCUGCAACAAUGCGGAUGCGUGCCACAUAUUUAACAGCAUCCUUCGGGACCCAAACCAUCAGACCGACUACGGCCACCAGGCGGAGAAUGUCUUCUUCGCGGCUAUUGGCCACCAUAUUCAGUGCCCUAUUCCGGCAGAGAAUAUUGUCGUUAACGACGGCAGUUUCACCUUGUUUGCAGUAGCUGACUUCUUGAAACUUCUUACUAGCGGCAACUACCAAUUUAAACUGAAGGCAAAGGACAGUAAAGAUGGCCCCUACAACAUCGGCUGUAUGGAGGUCAAUGCGACAGUAUCAGACUCUGUGCAACCUGUCGUUGGAUAGAAGUUACAUAAUAAAGAGUAAAUGUU